AUGGACCGCCGCCGCAGCACGCGACUCCGUUCCCAAAUCCGCGCAAGUGAGGUCGGGGCCGGAGCCGGACUCGACCGCCGCCGCAGCCCGCGCCUCCAUCCCCGAACCCAGGCGAGCGAGGAUGGGGCCGGACUGGCCCGCCGCCGCAGCCCGCGCCUCCAUCACCAAAUCCGCGCGAGCGGGGAGGGCGCCUCCUCCAUGACCAGCCGCCGCGCCUCGCCCGCCUGCCUGCCGGACGACGACGACAUCCUGCGGGAGAUCUUCCUCCACCUCCCGCCUACGCCGUCCUCGCUCGCCCGCGCCUCCGCGGUCUGCACGCGCUGGCGGGGCCUCCUCGCCGACCCCAAGUUCCACCGCCAGCUCUGCGCGCGCCACCGGAACCCGCCACUCCUCGGCUCCUUCGUGACCGACGACCACAGCCAGCGCAUCGUGUUCGCGCCCAUGCUCGACCCGCCCGACCGCAUCCCACCUCCGCGGUUCGACCUCGGACGCUGCGGCCAGAACACGGACGUGCUCGGCUGCCGCCACGGCCGCGUCCUCGUCAAAGACCGCAUUCCUAACGUGGAGGUCAUCGUGUGCGACCCCAUCACGGGCGACCAGCGCACGGUGGCCUUCCCACCCGACCUCGGCAGGGUCUCCGUCAACGGGGCGGUGCUCUGCGCCGCCGCCGAGUCCGACCCUGGCCACGUGCACGGCAGCUGCUACUCCAGCCCAUUCAAGCUGGUCCUGGUCACCAUGUACAGAAGGCACCCGAACCAGCUCCUCGCCUGCGUCUACUCCUCCAACACCGGCCUAUGGGGCGAUCUCAUCUCAUCGGAAUCUCCAUCCGACAUCCAUGGCAAACCCGCCGUCCUCGUUGGCAACUCUCUCUACUGGCUGUCCGUGAUCAAUGGCAGCAUACUCGAGUUCGAUCUGGGCGAGAACAGCAUAGCUGUGAUGAUGGGGCCUCCUGUUACCCAUACCGAACACUGCAUAAACCAGCAGAUCAUCAAGGCUGAGGAUGGCGCCGUUGGCUACGCCAAGUACCCUCUCAAGCAACCCUGCAAUUAA